AUGGCCUCCCACAGUCUGGGAGUCCCCGCUCCAAUAAUAAGUGACCGACAGUUUUCGAAGCCCCUAAUGUGCGGGCCGGGGCCGAAUGACUUAUACCCAGCUGUAGCCGCAGCAUAUGCCGCGCCUGUCAUAUCGCCUGCUUGUGCGGAAUAUUAUAAGGUGAUCGAAGACAUUCGCGCCGGAAUUCAGUACGCGUUCCAAACGCGUAGCAAGCUGGUGUUAGCCGUCAGCGGGUCCGGGCACGCGGGCAUGGAGACGGUCAUCUGCAACCUGCUCGCGCCGGGGGAGCUGCUACUCGUGCCCAGUCGGGGAUUAUGGGACGAACGGGCCAAAGAGAUGGCCAGGAGAUAUGGUAUCAGAGUAGAGACAAUCACAACCUCAGAACCUUUCACGACGUUCUCUCUUGAAGAGCUGGAGUCAGCGCUGGAGCGGCAUCGUCCCGCUGGCCUGUUCAUCACCCACGGCGACUCCUCCACGGGUACCUUGCAGACCUUGGAAGGACUUGGAGAUCUCUGUCAUAAAUAUGACACUCUGUUGCUAGUGGACAUAGUAGCAUCUCUUGGCGCGGAGCCUUUCCUCAUGGACGAGUGGGGUGUAGACGGCGCGUAUGCGUCGUGCCAGAAGGCGCUGAGCGGUCCGGCCGGCGUUGCGCCCGUGGCGUUCAGCGCCCGAGCAGAAGCAAAAAUAUUUAGCAGGAGUCACGACGUGCCGUUCUACUUCGACAUAACGUUUUUAGCUCGGCAAUGGAAAUGUUAUGACGAUACCUUCUUCUAUCACCACACGCUGAGCAGCCCCCUCCUCUUCGCCCUCCGCGCCUGCCUCUCGCAGCUUGCGCACGAGUCGCUCCCGCGCGCAUGGGCGCGCCACGCCGCCGUCACCGCGCACUUCCACGCGCGCCUGCGCGCGCACGGCUUCCGCUUCCUCGUGCGGCGGCCGGAAGACCGCAUGAAUGCUGUCACUAUUGUGUUACCGGGAAUGGAGUGCAAUGCUUUCGUAGCUGAAUUGAGGAGCAAGCACAACAUCAUGAUAACCCCCGGGCUGGGGCCGACGGCGGGCGUCGCAGUACGCGUCGGGCUCAUGGGGGCCAACGCGAGCGCCGCCGUGGCUGACCGCGUGGCCGACGCGAUGGCUGACGUAGCGGGGCUUAGAAAUGCGUAA